AUGAAAAUUUGUUUCCGCCCGAAGUGGGCGUCUAGCAUUUGGAAGGCUUUCAAGCUAAUUCCACUUGUCCUUCUAGUUAAGGCUAUUCUACUACUACUCUUCCUUGUUAUCCUCCAGGAUGAGGAACUAUCCGAAGGAAGAACUAAUGAGAAGGCGCAUCAAUUGAUGAGGCACAUAAUGAUAUCUCAUCGAAUGAGGGCGUACGGAUUGAAGACUCAUCGUAUGAGAAUCUUAGAAGAAGUGUCUAGGAAAGGAAGAAGAGGGUGCAUGGAGAAAGAGACAGUAGAGUGUGUAAAAAAUGAGUGCGGGUUGUCGGAAAAGUUGAAAGAAAUAAAUGGGGAGUCGGAUGGUGAAUCGGAUGAUGGAUCGGAUGAUGUAUCGAAUGGUGAAUCGGAUGGUGAAUCGGAUGGUGAAUCGGAUGGUGAAUCGGAUGGUGAAUCGGAUGAUGAAUCGGAUGAAGAAAUGAAUGGCGCAGUGCUACCGAUGAGCAAAUUAAAUCCAGGAUACUUAAAAGAAUUGGUGGGAGAUGUGUAUUACGAAAAAAUUAAUGAGUUGCCAGAAAUUAUGAAAGAUAAUGACAUCCUCUCCAUAUGGAAUGAUAUUUACUCCAUCGAGAAAAAUGAGUUCUCUACUGUGGAGAACGACCUCUGGCUUGUGUAUUGCCAGUUGAUUGCCCAGAGGAGAAUCUCAAAAAAAAACAAAAUAAAGGAAUGGUUGAAAGUUUAUAAAAACCUAUCUCAUGACUUGAUGAAAAAGGAACUGAAGGAUUUUAACGACUUGCUAAAUUUUUUGGAUAAUGAUUCAUAUACGAAGCUGGAUUUUACACUGUUCGUAUAUUACAAGUCCAUUUCGUGGAGGGCGUUCAAGAAGGCUCUCUUUAAGAAGUGGAGAAACGUUUUGGUUCACAACCUUGAUGCGUACAGAAGGUAG